AUGAGAGCUCGGCUGGUGCUGGUCUUACUGGCACACCAUUUGCACCGGAGGAUUUGCAACAAUCGGCAGCGGCAAAGAAGCAUUCAUCGCUUGCCAGCAGCGGUCGCGCUUUUGAUUCAGCCGUAUGUGCUUUUUCACUGUGUCUUCCUGUUCUUGCUGGGAGAGUCAUGUAUGCAGAUGUGGGACUUGAUGCAGGCCAGCAGCUGGUUGGAUGCGGAGAACUUCCCGCGCUGGCCAUACUCGCGUCGGUCGAAUGACCCGAGUGAACGUGGACUCUUCGUGGUUUUCUUGCGCUGGAUGGCGAUCGCCACUCCCAUCGUAACGCUCUUAACGGGAAUGGUCACCUUAGUGCAUCUCUGGUGCCAUCAUGUGAAUUACGAGAGGAAAUUUGACAAAGGUCUUCAUUGGUAUCCCUCUCACUCACACGAUCUGGCGAUGCAAGUUGUGGCCAUGCCAUUGAUUUAUGGUGUUUUCUCCCUGGACUGUGUGAUUCAAACGCUUUUGCUGAUGACGGGCCAAGCAUCCUUUGGAGAUAAAGAGCAAGAGCAUGGCCUCGGUCUCGGCCGGACGCCCUCGUCGGAAUUCUUGAAGACCUUGGACCUCAUGCGGCACCUCACAGAGGAGCGCUGCAGCACAAACUUGGAGCUGGCAGACUUAUGUGAAGCCUGGGCUUUGUACAACUUUGGGCGCUUGUGCCUUAUGCGAAUCCGUCGGCAGAUCCGUCAGGAGGUGCCUUUGUUGCGAUCCGCCUUGGCCCGCUUGGACGACGUGGAGAAACUUCUGAUCUUCCGAGACCCCGAGCACUUCCUCUUCCGACCCCUGGAAGUCACCACCGGCAUCGGUGUGAAGAUUUUCGUUUACACCUGCGCCGUAAAGUCUUUGUUCGCCUUGACGGUGACAUUUGUGGCUGACAGUUUCCACAUCAAAUUGUGCGAAAAAGCUCCAUGGCUUUGCCAUUUGCAACGAUCCAUGGAUGGCGCGGCCUUUGUGACCUCCACCAUCGCCAUCUUGAGUUUGAUUGCAAUUGAGCAUGGCUUCCAUCAGAUUUUGGAACUUGAAGGAUUCGCUCCUCUUUUGAAGUUUUUGGGAGUGAAGGUGUUGGUCACAGUAACCUUUCUGCAAAGCUUGGUGAUCAGCUUUGUGCAACAACGGGACCUCUUGAAAUCCGAUGAAGCCAAUCUUUGCAACGUCACAUGGACAAAAUAG